AUGCAACACGACGAAGUAAGUUUGAUUCAAACUACACGUGCUAGUUGCCAGCUGGUGUGUCUGUCUGUGCGUGGUUAAGCUUGAUUAAUCCAAAAAAAAAGUUUUCCAGUGCAACUAACACCAUCUUUUUGACCCCAGGUAAUAUGGCAAGUAAUAAAUCAAGGUUUCUGUUCAUUCAAAGUAAAGUAAGUAACAUCACAUCCUACUUUUUUUCUAGUUAUCCAAGUUUAGACAACAACGGGCUGUGCACUGAGAAAAAAAGAGCAACUUCUAUUUACUCAUCCCUGGCUAAGCUAAGCAUACCAGAGUUUUAGCAACUUUUGAAGUAAAUUAACCAUUUUACAGUUGUGAGCUUAGUAUCCGAGGUUGACUUUGUUUUGAUACAAACCUUUAUCCUUUUCUUAUGGAAAUUAUGCUUUAAAAUUACCAGGUAGCAUAUAAAAGAUACGUGAUUUUUAUAUUUGAAUGAAUUCAUGGUUUUGUUUCAGAACAGCCACUCAGACUUUUUGUCGUAAUGAAUACAAUGUAACUGGUCUGUGCAGCAGACAGUCCUGUCCUCUUGCAAACAGCAGAUAUGCUACAGUUAGAGAAAAGGAUGGUAAGACUUUUGAACUUCCUUCCUUCCUGUUAGAGUGGAACCUGAUUAAUAUGGACACCAAGAGGACAUGCCUGUAUUAAGCAGGCUCUCAAAAAAAAUGUCUUGGACACUUGUUUUAUUUAUAUAAAGACAAAAGCAGACAUUUUAAUGAGCAAAAUUUGUUUAAUUUCUUAACUGUUUCCGUAACAAGUGCAUCAUUAAGAAACCCAACAAUCUUUUAUCAUAGUAUUGGACUAAAAUAUUUAUUACCAUUUGAGUCAAGUCAGUGUUCUAAAAGCAUGACAAUGUAAUGGUAAUCAGUUUUCUUACUCUUACUUUGUACUGAUGGUUUAGUUGGCAACUUAGCCAGGUAGACUUAAUACUGGACAGAACCUGUCAAAGGCUGUUUGCCAUUUCUGGUAGGUUUUUACUUGUAAGAUAUUUAGUCCAGACAAAUUGAAACUGUCCAUUUUAUGCAGGUUUCCAUUUAAGUGGGUGUCUAUAGAGCGGGUCCUACUCUAUUAUUACAUGUACCUCAGGCUACCUCUGAUUUGAAAAUCCGUAUUAAUAAAUACCCUCCGCCCCUUGGCCUAUUGAAGGAAACUUCAUUUUCAUUAAAUUAAUGAAGACCAUCUUUUCAGAGAAUUUCAAAAUGACAUUUGGUAACUUUUAAAUACCUUUCUCACAGUCAAGUGAGCAUUCCAGAAAUUAAUGGUUAUUAGGAAAAGUAUGAGUCACAGUGACUUUCCAAAGUGUUCCUUGCUGCAGGGUGAUCAAGAAAUAUCUUGAAUUCAUAAUUCAAAAGAUAAAAAGAUGAAAAGAAAAACUUGCCUUGUUUUAUUUCUGUUUUAGGUGUAUGUUACCUGUACAUGAAGACUAUAGAAAGAGCACACUCACCAGCCAAGAUGUGGGAAAAAAUAAAACUCUCAAAAAACUAUGAGAAAGCCCUAGAACAAAUUGACAAGAACCUUAUAUACUGGCCAAACUUUAUUAUACAUAAAUGUAAACAAAGAUAUACAAAGAUUGUUCAGGUGAGAAAGAUAGUUUUUUUCUCUCUGUUGGAAAAAUGAUAAUACCCAUCCAUCAAUAUACAAGCAGUGACAGUAUUUACACUGUAAUAAGACUGCUAGCCAUACUUAGUCCAGUAAUCAGGCAGGCAAUGUAUCCUAUUCAGAAGCUUCAAAAGACUGAAGGGUGCAAACAACCUAAGAGAUGACAAGGGUGUGGUAGGAGGGACUUCAUUGGAAUUUUCUGGUUCAAGUUACACGACUGUUUUGCAUUUUUCUCUGGGCCUGGUUGUUCAAAGCUGGGUUAAGAUAACCCAGGGUUAGUGUGAAAUUUGAGUUCAGAUAUGAAAGCUUAAAAAGGAAAUUCAGUUUUAUUCUUUUUGUCAACAAGUUGAUGAUUGGAUGCUCUAAAAAGAAGAGAGAAAAUUAUGUGGGAAAAUGCUUUUGAGCAAAAGAGAAAGAAACCUGGGUUAAAAUUUAACCCUGGAUUAGCGCUAAUAGGCCUUUGAACAACUGGGCCCUGGUCUUUUUUAUGGAAUUGCACUUUUUUGGGUAUGGUUUGAUCUCUCCCACCUGCACAAGGUAGCCGUCCAAAAGAGCUUGUAUACAAGGCACAAAAUACAAUCACAAUUCUUGGUUUGCGACCACGUGACAAGGUGGCAAUGUUGGGCAUCAAAACAGUAGAAGUUUUUCUCAAAGAAAUUACAUGAAAAUAGAGUUUAGUUCCCAAAGGAGAGAAAUGCUUUUGUUCUUGACCACCAACAUGGCCGCGGUGAUGUCACGAGCAAACCAACUAUUCUUCCAUUCAGAAUUGGCUAUGACUUUCAGAACUGAUCACAUCACAAGUGAUGCAAGGUACUGGUUGGUUCAGUUUGGGUGGUUGAGGUGUGAAUUAUCAUGUUUCUAUAUGUGUAUGGGCAGAAGGUGAAAGUUAAAGGCAUCCCUCAGCAUUAUGUUGCUGGUAUCCAUACAUCUGGCCCCAGCUGUUCAAAUGGUAAAUAGUGCUAUCCACUGGGCAAAUCUCUGUUGGUAGGCAUAAACGGUGGUUUGUCUGCCCUCAAAAGUUUACUUUUUGUUAUUCUCAUCUUUUUGCAGUACUUAAUAAGGAUGCGGAAACUUAGACUCAAAACAAGGUAGGCAAAAGAGGAAGUUUGUUCAGAAUGUUAAGUUUUAGAUUUGAACCUCUGCUUAAGUUGGUAACCCAACUUCCAUCCAACUGGAAAUACAGUGUAUGGCAUUGUAAAUGAUAGGAAUUUUCUUUUAAACCACAGUAGAAGAUGGCAUGUAUAUUUUAUUGACGUUAGUAACCAUUUUAGUUGAACAAACCAGACACAUUGUCACAGAUACAUCGUAUAUGUAUUUUUUUAGGCAUGCAAAUCUUUAGCUACGAAAGGAUAAUCUUUGGAAUUUUUGCUCUUUGUGGUCACUGUGUCCAACUCUAGGUAGGACUUCUGCGGAGAUAGGCAAAAUAAUUUUAGUGUUACAUUGUCAGAUGACUCACUGUAAUUUUCAGCUCUGAAACAGGUGCCCAGAAAGUGUACUCCCAAAGUAGUAGAGCACUAAUAGCUUUGGUUCCUGCUUUGUUUCUGUAGUAAAAAACUUGUCACCAUAAACAAGAAAGUGGAAAGAAGAGAAAAAACAAGAGAGGUAAUCAUCAUAAAAAUAUUUUACUUAGCAGUAGUAAUAAGAGGUAGAGGAAAGGUUGCCUGAUUUAUGAACACAACUUGCUUUUAUGGACUAAAAUGCAUGCAUGUGGCAAGGACAUCAUUCACUCCUGGAAAAUCUUUGAAAGAGCGGGGAUAAUAAAUAAUUAUUGGAGUUCACAUGCUUAUCUAUUGAAUAAAUAAAUUCACAGCAAAACUUCUCGAUUCUUGGUGCAUAAUUGUUACCUCCCAACCAGUCAUGCUGAAUUAGGUGACACUUCCUGUGUAAAUAUUUGCUUCAUCAAAAAUUUAUAAAUCCAAGUAAUCCAUGCUUUUUUUGUUUUAUUUCUCGUAACAGAAAAAGGCUUUGGUAGCUGCACAGCUUGAAAAUGCCAUUGAGAAAGAGUUACUUGAAAGACUCCAGAAAGGAACUGUAAGAAUACCUUGUUUUAAAUAUACUAAACUAGGCCAAGUUGUUUGAAGCCUGGUUAUCAGUAAUAGAGUAAUAUUUUAUUGAGCUGUCAACUUGGCCAUUGUCCUUUGAAAGCUUCCCUGGAAUGCCUGUACAUCGCUUUCACAUGAUGUCACGACAGCCAUUUUGGUGUACAAAACAAUGAAACAGUGGCCAUGAUGGUGUACGAAAAAAUUCCUGUUGGACUGAACUCUUUUCAUGUGUAAACUUUUUUGUUUCAAGAAAUUUGCACAGCUGCUGAACAUAUGAAUGAAAGGGAUCUAUAAAUUUACACUAUGUUGACCCUAACUUAAUCUCAGUUGGGGCGAAAUUUUACAUGAGUCUCCAAGCGUUAGGCUGUAGGUGGUUUCCUUCAAUCUUAGGCCAGACCAGUCCAAUUGUAACAGGAGUUCCACUAUUAAUCAGGACUAUCCAGCCAGAUCAGUUUACAGUGGAACUUCUCCUUUGGUACACUUCUAUUCAAGAGACACCUCCAAUCAGGGUAAAGGGACACUUUUUCUGGGUCCCAAAAACUGGGUUUUUAUCUCCAUUCAGCGACACCUUAGCAUUCAAAAAGUGAAAAAGGGUUGAUAUCUUUAAGUGUACACUAAUCACAAUUCUGGAAGCUUUCACAAACUGAACUAUCUCACUCAUAUAAUGGUACUGCACUUGUGUGAAUUCAACAAAUAAUGCUGCAGAUUUCAAUGUGUCUUUGCUGGUUAAUUAUUAACAAACCCCAAGCUCUAUUCAUGAUCAGGAGACACUUCUCUUCAAGGGACACUUGCCUUGGUCUAAUGGGUAUAUUAGAGGUUCCACUGUAUUUGUAAAAUGGUAUAUGUGGAUGUGAGGGGUUUUAGUAAAAAAUUUGAGAAAAGACUAAUAUUUCAUUUUCAAAAUAACUGGUCAAGCCGGUCAGUUCUGACUUUUGGAAAGCACUCUCAGACUGAUCCAAAUUUUAUUUGUUUAUUUGUUGAUAGUAUGGAGAUAUUUACAACAUUCCUAGCAGUGCUUUUGAAAAUGUUCUGGAUAAAGAAGAAAUUGAAGAGGAGGAGGAAGAGGAAGAAGAGGAGGUAAAUGUAUGAUACAAUAUUUGAACUGAAUUUCCCUGUUCCAUAGAUAAUUAAACGGUUUCAUUCAACCCAUCACCUUUCUGUGAGUUUUUAUAAAAUUCUUGGUAUGUAUUUGAACAUGUUUAUUUUUCCUUUCUUGAUAACAGGAAGAAGAGCCUGAAUUUGUGGCUGAGGAUGAAGUUGAUGUGAGUGAUCUCAGUGACAUUGAGGUAAGGUGGAAGAGUGAAGCAAAGGGUGCUGUUUUCAUAACUCUCACUGACUCCUAAGCUAUGUAUUCAGGACUGCCAGCUAUCAGUCCUGCUCCUGACGGGGGGAGGAGGGGAGCAUGACGGAAAUAUAUGGGGAGCAGUUAGAAGAAAGUGUAUGUAACUGUUAAUGUUAGGUAUAAAGGUUACUUUCUUGCGUGCAUUACAGUCAAGGUGGCUCUUACAACCAUAAAUGCCUACAAUUUUCUAGGACCUGCAAGCUGAUGAACUUGAACAAGAAUCAGAAAGUGAGGCAGAAGAAGAACAAGAACAGGAGAAACCCUUUCAGAGAAGAAAAGGAAGGAAAGCGAAAGUGGAAAUAGAAUACGAACAGGAAACAGAACCAAAAAGAGCCAAAAUUAAGGUGUAA